CUCUGCCUCUCUCUCUCUCAGGGACUUCUCUCACCAACACCACACCCACCACCAAAACAAACACAGCACAACUCAACGCAACAACAACAGAGAGAUCUCUCCGGUUACAUCAAUUUAACAAAAAGCACGAGCUUAACAAACUCCUUCCUCCGGUUCUUACAAUUAUCAUGCAAUCUUCGUCGUCCUCCUCAUCUUCCUCGUCAAGCUCGAUGUCGCCGUUCGAUUUAAUGGCCGCGAUUAUUAAAGGAAAGAAGGUCUUGGAUCCGUCGAAUGUCUCUUCGGAUUCCUCGGUGAGCGAGGUGGCGAAUAUUAUCUUUGAGAAUCGUGAGUUCGUUAUGAUCUUGACUACGUCUAUUGCUGUCCUGAUUGGCUGCGUCGUCGUUUUGAUAUGGCGGCGAUCGAGCGGACAGAAGGUCAAGCCGGUCGAGCCGUUGAAGCCUUUGACGGUUAAGGAGCCGGAAGUUGAAGUUGAUGACGGUAAGCAGAAGGUCACCAUUUUCUUCGGUACUCAGACGGGAACUGCUGAAGGUUUUGCUAAAGCCUUGGCUGACGAGGCGAAAGCGCGAUAUGAGAAAGCGAAAUUUAGAGUCGUCGAUUUGGAUGAUUAUGCGGCUGACGACGAUGAAUACGAGGAAAAAUUGAAGAAGGAAAGUUUGGCACUUUUCUUCUUGGCUACAUAUGGAGAUGGUGAGCCAACAGAUAAUGCAGCUAGGUUCUAUAAAUGGUUUACGGAGGGAAAAGAAAGAGGGGAAUGGUUACAGAAUCUUAAGUAUGGAGUGUUUGGUCUUGGUAACAGGCAAUAUGAACAUUUUAACAAGGUUGCCAAGGUGGUGGAUGAUACCCUCAUUGAGCAGGGUGCAAAACGCCUUGUCCCUGUGGGUCUUGGAGAUGAUGAUCAGUGCAUUGAAGAUGAUUUUACUGCAUGGCGAGAAAUGCUGUGGCCUGAGCUAGAUCAGUUGCUUCGGGAUGAGGAUGAUUCGACAACUGUUUCUACCCCGUACACUGCAGCUAUAUCAGAAUAUCGGGUUGUAUUUUAUGACCCUGCAGAUGCACCACUUGAGGAUAAAAGUUGGGGCAAUGCCAAUGGUCAUGCUGUUCAUGAUGCUCAACACCCCUGCAGGUCUAAUGUGGCAGUAAGAAAGGAGCUUCAUACUCCACAAUCUGAUCGCUCUUGCACUCAUCUGGAAUUUGACAUUGCUGGCACUGGACUCUCGUAUGAAACAGGGGAUCAUGUUGGUGUUUACUGUGAGAACUUAAUUGAGACUGUAGAGGAGGCAUUGAAAUUGUUAGGCUUAUCACCAGAUACUUAUUUCUCCAUCCAUUCUGAUAAAGAGGAUGGCACACCACUUGGUGGAAGCUCCUUGCCUCCUACUUUCCCACCAUGCACUUUAAGAACAGCAUUGACUAAAUAUGCUGAUCUUUUGAGUUCUCCUAAAAAGUCUGCAUUACUCGCUUUAGCAGCUCAUGCAUCUGACCCCACUGAAGCUGAUCGGUUAAGAUAUCUUGCAUCACCUGCUGGAAAGGAUGAAUAUGCACAAUGGAUAGUGGCAAGUCAAAGAAGCCUCCUGGAGGUCAUGGCUGAAUUUCCCUCUGCCAAGCCCCCACUUGGUGUCUUCUUUGCAGCAGUUGUUCCACGCUUGCAACCUAGAUACUAUUCAAUUUCUUCAUCACCAAGGAUGGCACCUUCCAGAAUUCAUGUUACUUGUGCACUGGUUUAUGAGAAAACACCCGCAGGACGCAUUCACAAAGGAUUGUGCUCCACAUGGAUGAAGAAUUGUGUCCCUCUGGAGAAAAGCAGUGAUUGCAGCUGGGCUCCUAUUUUUGUCAGGCAAUCGAACUUCAAACUUCCAACUGAUCCUGAAGUGCCUGUUAUCAUGAUUGGCCCUGGCACUGGAUUGGCUCCUUUCAGGGGUUUCCUGCAGGAAAGAUUUGCAAUGAAGGAAGAUGGAGUAGAGCUGGGACCCUCCAUUUUAUUUUUCGGAUGUCGCAAUCGCCAAAUGGAUUACAUUUAUGAGGAUGAGCUCAACAACUUUGUCCAAAGUGGUGCACUUUCAGAGUUGGUUGUUGCCUUCUCCCGUGAAGGACCCACCAAGGAAUAUGUGCAGCAUAAAAUGAUGGAGAAGGCUUCGGAUAUUUGGAACAUGAUCUCUCAGGGAGGUUACUUAUAUGUUUGUGGUGAUGCCAAAGGCAUGGCUAGAGAUGUCCACCGGACUCUCCAUACAAUUGUGCAAGAGCAGGGAUCCUUAGACAGCUCCAAGGCUGAGAGCAUGGUGAAGAAUCUGCAAAUGACUGGCAGGUAUCUACGUGACGUAUGGUGAUGAUUCUUCCUAAGCAUAAUAUAUGUAUUAGCUGGAAAAAAAAUAUUCAAGGAACUUUGCGUUAUAUAUAAACCUGAGCCAACCUGCUUGGGAUAAAAUGAAAUCUAUGAAUAGGGCUAAUGCAAUUGCCAUUUGCGAUUCCUGGCCCCUGGAUCGGCAAUUAAAAUGUUGUUAGUAGUCGGUUAUGUGAUUCUUUUCCCUUCCCAUAUGAAGGAUUUUUUUGUUCUUGUAAUUUAAUCUCUCUUAUUAUACGCAAAUAUGAUAAUUAAUUACCUCUAGGGAUUUAGGUUCCCUGUAAUGAACCAAGAAAAGUGGUUCAAAUGACAGAUAAAAAUGUUGUAUUACUUUUUUAUGUAACUGUUUUGCAUGGACAAUGUAAGUUCAAGUUUGCUUUCUGAUACUCUAUUUUGUGUGUA